AUGAUGUCGCCUAUAAGUGACUUGAUGAGUUGCUUGGCCUUUUCUGUCCCCUACCUUGUUAUCACGGCCGGCAGUCCUAAGCUGCAGACAAAGCUUUUGCGCGUGGGUAUUUCCGAUAGUGAUAGUCGCAACGGACCGGAUGAGAUUUCUGCUCGAGGCCCUGUGCCUGCGCCGCCCGACGGCAAAGAGAGUGGAUGUUGGGCUGCCAAGUCCAAAGUACAGAGGAAUCUAUGUGGACGGUGUAUCGACCGGAGGGGGUCCAAGUGGAUUGGGUCCUUGGGUGCUUGGGAUUGA